AAAUAAAUGUCUAUGGUUUGAGACAACAGUCAACGGCUUUAGGUAAUCUGUAAUUAAAUUAAACUCAUUCUUUCUCUGUCAAAAUGGCUGCCGUGCAGGAGGCAAGACGUGAGCCAAUUCAGGCUGUCCAAGUGUUCGGACGCAAGAAAACCGCUACAGCUGUAGCUUACUGCAAACGCGGUCAUGGAGUUCUACGUGUGAACGGUCGCCCACUGGAUUUAGUGGAGCCCCGUCUUCUUCAAUACAAACUCCAGGAGCCCAUCCUUCUGCUUGGCAAGGAGAAGUUCUCAGGUGUUGACAUCAGAGUCACCGUUAAGGGAGGAGGUCACGUAGCCCAAGUUUAUGCCAUCAGACAAGCUAUCUCCAAGGCUCUCAUUGCCUUUUAUCAAAAGUAUGUAGACGAAGCGUCAAAGAAGGAAAUCAAAGAUAUCCUCGUCCAAUACGACAGAAGUUUGCUGGUAGCCGACCCCAGGCGUUGCGAGCCCAAGAAGUUCGGUGGUCCAGGUGCUCGUGCCAGAUACCAGAAAUCUUACCGUUAAAAUUAUAUACUUACACACCGUGUGGUAUCGUUGCGGACUUAUGUGGUCAUUGCGAUAUCAUUGGGUGGUUUUAAAAUAAAAAAAAAAUAUAAAA